UAAGAGAAUACUUGAUAUGGAUUCCUUACAAUGCAUUUCUUUGCUCUUGGGGAAUCUUCAUGAGCAAGACUUGAAUCCCUCUUAUACUAAAUGCUUCAGAACAGUAACUAGUUCCAUUGCCUAUGAGAGGUUGCUUCUGUGUUCAUUGCCAUGAAAUGUUAUUGAAGACCAAGACAGAGACAUUGCAGGGAAGGUACAUCCAUGAGCCAAGAAGAUGAGGCAUCUUCUCAAAAGCCCUGAGAAUGGAGAAUGUUAUGCUUCCCAAACACUGAAUUAAGAGGUAAAAAAAAAAAAUUGAAAGAGAAUUUGAACCCAUCUCAGAAGAACAGUCUGGAGAACUUUCAGCAAAGGAAUGAACUAAUGGCAAAUAGGACCACAAUAAAGGAAUUCACACUGUUGGGGCUGAAUGCCAACCCUCCACUUGAACUUAGUCUUUUUCUCCUCCUGCUUGGGACUUAUCUUUUGACAUUAAUAGGAAACACACUGAUUGUUAUUAUAACACUUGUGAAUGUUCAACUCUGUAGCCCAAUGUAUUUCUUCCUCCGACAUUUGGCAUGGGUAGAUACUGUGUAUAUGAGUACUAUAAUUCCCAAAGCACUGGUCAACAUAGCUACUGAUACUAAGAGCAUCUCUUUAGCUGGUUGUUUCAUACAGGUAUUUCUUUAUUUGGUCCUUGGCACCACUGCGUUCUUCCUACUGGCCACAAUGUCUGUUGAUCGCUACAUAGCCAUCUGCAACCCUCUUCACUACACAACCAUCAUGAAUCCCCGAAUCUGCUCAUUAUUAGUAUUUUCUUGUUUGGUUGGGGGGUUAUCACUAAUUCUAGUUAUAUCCAUUCCUUUAUUUCUUAUGCCAUUUUGUGGUCCUAAUGUCAUGAAUCAUUUUUUUUGUGACUAUGGACCCCUAAUGAAGCUGGUAUGUGUUGACACCAGCUUCCUAGAAAUGACUUAUUUUGUAGUUGCCAUAUUCAGUCUGCUUGGGACCUUAAGUGUCAACAUUGUCUCUUAUGUCAAAAUCAUUUCCACCAUUCUGCAUAUUCCAUCAGCUACUGGGAGGAAGAAGACCUUCUCCACUGUUGCUUCUCACAUGACCAUGGUCACUAUCACUUACAGCAGUUGUAUUUUCAUGUAUGUCAAGCCAAAAGGCACCAUUGGAUUAGACUACAACAAAAUAGUGGCUCUUCUGAAUACUGUUAUCACUCCCUUUAUCACGCCAAUCGUGUAUUCUUUGAGGAACAGACAACUGCAGGAUGCUUUGAAGGCUGAACUGAGACAAAGGAUUGGUUUUGUAAAAAAAAUGAGAUGAUUGGCUAUUGCUAGGGCUCCGAAAAAGAUGUUCAGAUUUAAUGUCUUUGAAUGGAUUGUGCUGCCUUCAGAUGUAAUAAUUACCCAUUGAGAUGGUCUUACAAGGGGAUUAGAGAAAGCAUAGAGUAGUGGUGGCAAACCUAUGGCAUGCAUGCCAGAGGGGACACUCAGAGAUCUCUCUAUGGGCAUGCAUGCCUCACUCUUUGGCUAGGUUUUUGCAGGAAAAAAGCCAUUUCUCAAGCCCCUUUGUAGCCAAAACAAGCCUCUGGAGCGAGCAUGCUCUUUUCAGCUUUGAAUUAUAUCAAAUCUGACACCAGAAACAGACUAAUAGAUGACCUGAGUGCGGCAUAUGUUGCUUUCAAACUUACAAAGUAUAAGCCAAGGUUAGACAAAUUAUCAGCAUGCAUACAACAACAAAAAUCACAUUAAUGGUCCAAAAGCAUGCCUAAUGCAAACUGUUUACCUUUCAAUAAAAAGUUGUUUGUAUCAUUGAAA